AUGGCUCCUUCGCAAUUAGAAAUCAAGGUCAGAUCCCUACAAAGACUACUCAAAGAAGAAAAGUACUACCAACAGGAACUUAGCGAGCAGCAAGCUCUAGUCUACAAGCUCAAGACAGAUGAAACAGUGGAUCCAUAUGAUUUGAAAAAACAGGUGGAAGUGUUAGAGGAUACUGAAAGACUGUUACCAGCGCUCUACGCUAAAAUCACCCAGUUUAGGGACGAUUUGGCUCAGUUUACCAGAAGCUACAAUGGGGCCGAGGAUUUAGAGCCUGCUACCAUCACCUUGAAAGAUGCCGAAAAUCUGCUGAGGUCCAAAUCUUAG